AUGGGCUGCUGCCAGGACAAGGAGCAGAACGAGCACAAGGACAACAGGAUGGAUGAUGGCGACGGGGAGGACGACGACGGGGCCAACCAGGAACUGAGGCGCCAGGAGGGCGACAUGGAGACGUCGGAUGAGAAGAAGCACAAAUCCAACGACAGCCUCCUGAUCACCGUGCUGUGGCGGAGGCUCUCCAUGUUCAGCCGUCGGGGGUCCACGCGGACCAAUAGGCUGUCGUCGGUGCAGAGUCAAAAGACUGGGCCAGCGCUUCCGGAAAUAAACCAAGAGGACAUCGAGGAGGAGUCGGAGUUGUCGGAGAAGGGAUGA